CUCGGUGACCCCGAACCCACAAAGAAGCCAAGCUCGGAUACUGACCCCAAGGCGAGGCCCCCCUCUACCCCUCAGCCGACCAUGCCCGACAACACUGGAGGUACCGACCCCAAGCCGAUGCCCCCCUACCCCCAGCCGGGCAGGCCCAACAACAGUGGAGGUCUCUUACCCAACCAGAGGCCCCCCUACCCACCCCAGCCAGGAAUGACCUACAACACUGGAGGUAUCUUACCCAACCAGAGGCCCCCCUACCCACCCCAGCCGGGAAUGACCUACAACACUGGAGGUAUCUUACCCAACCAGAGGCCCCCCUACCCACCCCAGCCGGGAAUGACCUACAACACUGGAGGUCUCUUACCCAACCAGAGGCCCCCCUACCCACCCCAGCCGGGCAUGCCCCACAAGACUGGAGGUCUCUUACCCAACCAGAGGCCCCCCUACCCACCCCAGCCGGGUAUGCCCCACAAGACUGGAGGUCUCUUACCCAACCAGAGGCCCCCCUACCCACCCCAGCCGGGAAUGCCCCACAACACUGGAGGUCUCUUACCCAAUCAGAGGCCCCCCUACCCACCCCAGCCGGGAAUGCCCCACAACACUGGAGGUCUCUUACCCAAUCAGAGGUCCCACUACCCACUCCAGUCGGGAAUGCCCCACAACACUGGAGGUCUCUUACCCAAUCAGAGGCCCCCCUACCCACCCCAGCCGGGAAUGCCCCACAACACUGGAGAUAUCUACCCCAAGCCGAGGCCCCCCUACUACCCCCAGCCGGGCAUGCCCGACAACAGUGGAGGUAUCUACCCCAAGCCAAGGCCCCCCUACCACCCCCAGCCGGGCAUGCCCGACAACAGUGGAGGUAUCUACCCCAAGCCGAGGCCCCCCUACCACCCCCAGCCGGGCAUGCCCGACAACAGUGGAGGUAUCUACCCCAAGCCGAGGCCCCCCUACCACCCCCAGCCGGGCAUGCCCGACAACAGUGGAGAUAUCUACCCCAAGCCGAGGCCCCCCUACCACCCCCAGCCGGGCAUGCCCGACAACAGUGGAGGUAUCUACCCCAAGCCGAGGCCCCCCUACCACCCCCAGCCGGGCAUGCCCGACAACAGUGGAGAUAUCUACCCCAAGCCGAGGCCCCCCUACAACCCCCAGCCGGGCAUGCCCGACAACAGUAGAGAUAUCUACCCCAAGCCGAGGCCCCCCUACCACCCCCAGCCGGGCAUGCCCGACAACAGUGGAGGUAUCUACCCCAAGCCGAGGCCCCCCUACCACCCCCAGCCGGGCAUGCCCGACAACAGUGGAGGUGGAGGGCGCUCUAGACCCCACUCUUACGGAAACAACUAUGGCGGAAGCGGACACAACACCUACGGGAACCAGCAAGGUAACACCAUAGCGAAAAUCGUGUCGCCCGUGGUGUCCGUGCUGGUCGUGACCCUGGUGGGCGCCGCGGCCGGCUACUUCCAGCGGAGGAGGGGCGGCAGUUGCUUCCGCACCAACGAACCGGUGCACGUGUGACAGCCUGGGGUCCCGCGGUCGCCUUGAGAGCGGCUGGGUGUCACGAGGUCCCCGUGCUUCCCUCGUGUGACAGCUCCGUCACCUUCUUAGCCUUGGGUCCCAGGAAGACUCUCUCAUCUGUGGCUUGAUCACGCUCUGGGCCAGAUUUCGAGGCUGCGGUGGGUUCCCCAGAACUACCUCAUGGUGCCGGACGUGCACAUUGUCCCAAAGUACAGUGGGGGUCCGAGGGCGGGGGGGGGGUGCUGUCUCCUUCUGGGGUUUCCAGCAUGUUCCGGGAAGAAACUUGGUCCGUGAGGAGUCUUCAUCAGGGAGCCAGCGCCCUCCCUUCCAGCUGGAACAAUAAUUCGAGAUUCCCGCUGCUCAUCACUGGCUGUGACCAUGUAACUCUUACCCCCGCACAGUAGGGCCGGGGUUUGUCCUUGCUGUGUGCAUGCUCCCUGAUGUGAAGACACCACCGGCAAUAUGUGUGGACUUUUUCCUUGCUUCCUGUGAAAUCUUACGAUUCCGGUAGUUUGGAGGGAAAACGGGCCGGCAGUUGUGAUUUGUGCCUGUUCAGACUCUUCUCACAUUUUUUUUUUCAUGCCGUAGUCUGUGGGCUGUUGUGUCUGAGGCGAUGGCUUCCUGCUUCUGGGUUGAUACUUAUUUUCUCCUUUUUACUGCAGUAGAAAAUCGUUAAGUCUCCAAGCAUCUAAAAAGCAUAGUAGGUAUUUGCUUCUAUUUUAGCAACGUUUUGGGGGAAAAUGAGGGAAAGGAAGGAUCUGGGCCUAUUGAUAGAGUUUAAUAAGCUGAUGUGAACGCUGAUACGACUUUUGGAGUUUGCACUAAAUGUCAGCGUGUGUUGAAGUCUGGAACUCAGAAGGGGGCCCAGGAGAGUCCAAAGUCGAUGCCUGUGUUGUGCUCAAGGUUAUGGACCGGGAGGCAGGUCUCCAAAGAGGCCUUGAAUGCAGAAAGUGCUAGAAGAAUCUCCCCAAAUAGAAAAAGGAUUUACAGCGGACGAUCUUGAUGGGAUGUUUCACAUUCGUGAUUCACCUGCUCUUUCUGUACCUGUGAGUUUCGGUAGGAGUUUGAAUCUUGAAAACUGUGUGUGUGUGUGUGUGUGUGUGUGUGUGUGUAGACAGACAGACUCACACCUUCACAGACACCUGGACGGAAUUGCAGCCCUAAUAACGACCCAUUUUUUUCUUUUUUCUGUAACUGCCUUAAGUACUUGUUAUCGCU